AACACCUUCCUUAUUGAGUCGUACAAUAAAGUAAUGGACCUUCCUCUACCCUGUCCAUUUCCUAUAAAUGCAUUCUUUUCAGCAUAGUGGAGGCCCCGACACCUUUCUUCUCACCAGAGCCCAAAUCAAUGGCAGUCAGGAGCUCUUGGUAUCACCACCCUUCUUCCACCAUGGCCAUGAUCAGUCCAAGAUUUGGCACAAGGAGUCCAGCCUUAAGGCUCAGCACCUCUGCUCAUGGCAGUAGUUCUUCAUCACACUUCUCCUUUGCUGCUGCAACAGACAACAAGAAGGUGUUUGAAGAUCAGUUGAGAGGCAUAGUAUGCUACAAAGAUGAGAAGGGGGAGAUGAUCUGCGAAGGGUACGACGAAGGCCCCAGGCUUGGAAUGCAGUUGCUGGAGAAGGCCUGCUUCCCAUGGCCUGUGGGAGUUCAGGUCACUGAUUUCAUCCAGCUUACAACGCUCCCUGUUUUUCAAGAGUGAUCACAAGAGCCAGCUCUGAACAUGGAGCUGAUCAUGUAAGCAUAGUUAUCUAGACUCUAGAGUGAUGAUGUGUAAAAAUAACUGCAAAGGUGUAGCACUUGGUUGCUUAUAUGGCUCCUCCUGUUCCAUUCCCCUCUAGCUCAAAAGGGGAUGGAGCAGGGGAAUUGAAGCCGUGUAUUGAAGAUAUGGCAUUGCAGUAGCACGGUAGACUGAACAUAUAUAGUUUGGUUCAUUUAUCUUCCCAAUUUACAUAUAUAGUUUCUGCAAGGAUGAGAUGGUAUGUACCCUACUUUUGUUGGUACAAAGCGAGCAAAAGAGAUCUGAAUAA